UCCCACCAAAAAUAACCAGAAAAAGGAACAGCGAAAAAAAAAAGGGGCAGAAAAUGGCAACAACCUUUCUGUCCACUGCAAAUACCUUCCUCCCUUCUUCUUCAUCAUCUUCUUCUUCUUCUUCUUCAUUAGCAGCAACACACAUUUAUCCUCAUAGACACAAUGUGAAGAGACAACUGACUCUGUCCAAGGCAGUCAGUGAGCCAAGGCCUUCUUCCCCCAUUAUCACCAAACGAAGUCUCUCCAUCACCCUCCUCACCAGCCUUGUCUUCUCCUUAGCUGGUAAAGGCUAUUAUUCCGACGCCAAUGCUGCAAUACUAGAGGCUGAUGAUGAUGAAGAGCUUUUGGAAAAGGUGAAGAAGGAUCGAAAAAAGCGUAUUGAAAAACAAGGAGUCAUCAGCUCAUCCAACAAAGAAACAGGAUAUCUGCAAGAGCUAGUGUACAAGCUGAGCAAAGUAGGUCAGGCCAUAGAUAACAAUGAUCUGUCGGCAGCAAGUUCAUUUCUUGGUUCAAACACGGAUGCAGAUUGGGUGCAAAAGGCUAAUAUAGCCUUCACCAAGCUGAGCUCUAGCCCUGAGGAGAAAAGUGAAGUGGAUGCAUUCAAUUCAUCUCUGGCUUCAUUGAUUUCAUCAGUUGUAAGAAAUGAUAUGGAAUCCUCCAAAAUAGCUUUUGUGUCAUCAGCCACAGCAUUUGAGAAAUGGACAACCUUGACAGGACUAGUCGGACGGCUUAAAGGGCUUUGAAGGACAAGGGAUUCUGAUUUUUCUUUUUCUUUUUCUUCUCCUUCGGCUUUUGUUGUAUGGGGAAAUCUGGGAAGCUCCUUUUGCUUCUCCAUUCUCGAGUUAUUUUAUUUCUGCCACUAGCCUUCUCUUUAGUUUCAACUAGUUGGUAUGACUCAAGAUCAAGAGACUCACCACCAUUUUCCUCAAUUUGUAGGAGCUUCAUUUAACGAGUAAUAAAAUCCCAGGAAACUUUACAGUAUUUAA